GCGGAGGUUGAGUUUAACAGUGCAAUAAUGUUAAUAAUUUUAUAUUACACUGAAACAGUUAAAAUCGAAAUCUCAUUCGGUGUCAACAAAGGAACAGGCAGAAUUCGUGGCCACCUCGAGCGGUCCUGAUUCACGUGCGUCAGAGGCAGCACGUUUCGAGGAUAGCAAUUCCUUUUCAAACGCUCAGUAGAUUCACAUUUUAUCCGAGUUGCAGGGACAUUUUUCUGCAUCUAGCACCACGUUGUUCCGCAGACUUUUCUCCAGAGUUGUGUGCUAUUCCAACAUGGGGAAAAGAAGCAGGCAGAGGCAGAAAAACCAGACUACUGGCAGGGACGACAGAGACAACGCUGGCUGGGGAGCUGGCUAUGCUGACAUUGUCAAGGAGAAUAAGCUGUUUGAGCACUACUACAAAGAGCAAGGCCUGGUGCCUGGGGGAGAGUUUGAACAGUUCAUGGAUGCAAUGAGAGAACCGCUGCCAGCAACCAUCCGCAUCACUGGAUACAAGAGCCAUGCCAAGGAAAUCCUCCACUGUCUGAAGGAAAAAUACUUUAAGGAUAUUCAAGAAGUGGAGAUCGAUGGCCAGAAGAUUGAGGCUCCACAACCUCUGAGCUGGUAUCCCGACGAGCAGGCCUGGCACACCAACAUGAGCAGGAAGAUCAUUAGGAAGUCUCCCCUUCUGGAGAAGUUCCACCAGUUUCUGGUCAGCGAGACUGAGUCGGGUAACAUCAGCCGACAGGAAGCUGUCAGUAUGAUCCCUCCUCUCCUCCUGAAGAUUGAGUCACACCACAAGAUCCUGGACAUGUGUGCAGCUCCAGGGUCGAAGACAGCCCAGCUGAUUGAGAUGCUCCAUUCUGACAUGGACGUGCCAUUUCCAGAGGGCUUUGUCAUUGCCAACGACGUCGACAACAAACGCUGCUACCUGCUUGUGCACCAAGCCAAGCGUCUCAACAGCCCCUGCAUCAUGGUGGUCAACCACGACGCCUCCUGCAUCCCCACGCUCAAGAUCGACAUAGACGGCCAGCAGGACAUCCUCUUCUACGACCGCAUCCUGUGUGACGUGCCCUGCAGCGGUGACGGCACCUUGAGGAAGAACAUAGACGUGUGGAAGAAAUGGACGACCAGCAACAGCCUGCACCUCCACGGGCUCCAGCUGCGUAUCGCAGUGCGUGGGGUUGAACAGCUGGCUGUAGGAGGGAGGAUGGUCUACUCCACCUGUUCACUCAACCCUAUAGAGGACGAAGCUGUCAUCGCAGCACUGUUGGAGAAGAGCGAAGGAGCGUUGGAGCUGGCCGACGGCUCGGCUGACCUGCCAGGACUGAAGUGGAUGCCUGGGGUCGCUUCCUGGAAGCUGAUGACCAAAGAGGGCCAGUGGUACUCUGAUUGGUCCGAGGUUCCGAACCAUCGUCACACACAGAUCCGCCCCACCAUGUUCCCGCCAACAGACCCAGAGAAACUUGCUAGCAUGCAUCUGGAGAGAUGUAUGAGGAUUCUGCCACAUCACCAGAACACUGGAGGUUUCUUUGUGGCUGUGCUGGUGAAGAAAGCCCCGAUGCCUUGGAACAAAAGAUAUCCAAAGCUGAGGAAGGACGUGUCGUCCAGCUCAGCGGCCCAGACUGAAGGCUCCUCGGCGGCCUCGACCCCCGCAGACACUCCCUGCCUCCCCGAGGGUGCGGUGGAGGAGGGGGAAGGCCCAGAGGGGAAAGUAGACCAGGAGGCAGAAGAGGAGGCAACCGAAGGAGCUUCCUUGGCCCAGGAGACCACUGCCAAGCAAGAUGGAGCGUGCGGGCCACCAGCCUCUAAGAAGAUGAGGCUGUUUGGUUAUAAGGAAGACCCCUUUGUGUUCCUUACUGAAGAAGACCCUGUCUUCACCACCAUACAGUCUUUUUAUGAUCUGUCACCCAACUUCCCCAAGCUCAACGUUCUGACCAGGACCCACGACGGCAAAAAGAGACACUUGUACAUGGUGUCCAAAGAGCUCCGCAACGUGUUGAUCAAUAACAGCGAGCGCAUGAAGGUCAUUAACACAGGGGUGAAGGUCUGGUCUCGCAAUAGUGACGGAGAGGAGUUUGGCUGUGCCUUCAGACUGGCUCAGGAGGGUAUCUACACUCUCCAGCCGUAUAUUCGCUCCAGGAUAAUCCGAGUGAGUGUGGAGGACAUCAAAGUGCUGCUGACCCAGGAGAACCCCUUCCUCAGCAAGCUGCAGGACGACGCCCACGCCCAGGCCAAGAAAAUGGUAAUGGGUAGCAUUGUGUUGAAGUACAUCCCCAACCCAAAUAACCCAGCGGAGCCUCAGUGUCCCAUCCAGCUGUGUGGCUGGAGGGGGAAGACGUCCAUCCGAGCCUUCGUCCCGCGCAACGAGAGGUUUCAUUACCUCCGACUGUUAGGCGUGGAGGUCUUCAGAGACAAACAGGGCGUCAGGGCAGAGAAAGGGAGGGAUGGAGAAAAGGAAGCAAAGGAAGAGGUAGAGGAUGCAGCGGAAAAGGACGCAGAGGAGGAAGGUGCUGUGGAAAACGAGACAAAGCUGGACUUGGAGAACGGUGAAGAAAACCGAUCAUCGGAACCAAAAAAGCAAGCCGGAGACUAGCGGGUGAGGAUGUAGAGGACACGGCAGAGAGAAAGGAGGACUGACUGAAGACGUAUUAAAGCUCUACGAGCUGUUGACCAGGUCAAAGACCACAUUAGGUGGUAGAGGAGGGUGGUGUUCCUCUACGGGUUUCUCUGUUCACAUCACUGCCACUGCCGAAGGAUUCCCUCCCACAGAUGGACUCCUUUUGGAAUUGUUAAUUUUUGGAUUCCCCCCCAAGGAGGCAUCACUAUUAAUCCCACUGCUUACCAUGGCAAGGUACGCCCUGCGUGGCAUUUAAGCACUCGGAUUGGCAAGGUUUCCAUGCUUGCUCUUUCAGGUCCUAUCCCCUGGCCAAUGGGCUACCCUAACCCUAACCACCCGAGGUCAACUCCUAACCUCCACAAUCUGCCUGACCACUCAGCUCCUUGGGGCGGAUCUUGCCAAGGAAAGCGGUGGGAUUCAUAACGCCCCCAGGAACGUUUUAGUUAAAUGCUUAUUUUAUUGAUCUGUUUUUUUUUUAUAUUUUAACAAACUUAUUCCACUGACCUAGUGGCUUCAGUUUUCUUUCCGUUGAUCAUGUUUAGAGAGGUUUACAUGAACGGUCUCAUUUUUUUACACCUGUAAUUAAGUAGAAAUAUGGGGUUGAUUAAAAAGCGUUAAAGGUUAA